AUGUUCUCCAGACGUCCUGUUGUGUUCACUGCAUUUGUCUUCUUCCUCGUCGGUCUGGUGGCCUUGACUUGCGCCAACGCCGACGAGCACUUGAAGAAGUAUGAGGAGCAUUUUGAGGAGUGUGAGGAGCUUUGUGAAAUCCACGGC